UUGUGGAUAAAAGAACAGGCUUAGACAAAACUUCCUGUUCAAAAUACAAAACAUACCAUGCUUACAAGCUUUUAGAUCUAGAACUAGAACUAGAUCUAGUCUAGAUCUCGAAAAGGGUCAUAAAACCAUAGCUUGUAGCCCAAGUUCAUGUUCAUGUAUUAGAUUUCAUCUCAAUCUUAAAUCUUGUCAGAAUUUUAUUUGACACCAACAACAUGGGAGAUUAUGACAUCCUUAUUCCCACGGGGAAGAAACCAAAAUCCCAAACAGACCUUCGCGAACGUUUCGCUAAAGUGUAUAAGGACGUAGCCAGACCUGCUACAGAACCCAAAGCCAAGGUGCCGCGUAAAGAAAUAGUUGCAGAUAUCUCAUACAUCAGAAAUAAGUUGGGUUUUAAUAGCCCUACCGAAGCUCAGGUGUUGAGCAGCCAGAAGAUAAUCCUGACUUGUAGAUUUCCUUUGGUUGACAGCGGGCCAGCACAGCAGCAGUUCUACUCUUCAACGGUGACCAAUGGAAAGAGAUCGUUGCUUCCAAUCUUAGCUCUGGAGUUGGAAACAGGACGCCAAAGAAAGCUCUCAAUGGCAACUUUAGCCAAAGCACAAAUUAAUGCGGAAGUCAAGCGUACAACAAUGAUUAUGGACAAGAUACACGAGUACAGAAAGAACAGUCUAACAAAGAAAGAAAAACGAGGCCGUGAUGCGAGAAAACAUUUCAAACAGGACGGCGAUUUGUUAAGAAGCGUCAAAAGAGAAUUGGCUCAAGAUAAGAAGAAAAGAAUUGAAGCCAAAAGACGUCGUAUGACGCUGUAUCACAAGCUGUACUUGGGAGACAAGGUACAACGAGGCUCGUCCAGCAGUGUAUCAGCCUUGACUGCAUUUGAUGGGGAUGACUAGACAUGUGUCAAACUUUAAGAAACUUGAUGCUUGUGUGUGUGAGCGUAUGAGUGUGUGUUUGCGAGUGCAUGUGUGUAUAUAUACGUGUGUGUGUGUGUGUGUCUUUGUUGAUCAUGCCUAAUCCUAGAUUGAAAUGAUUGCCUUUUAAAUUUAAGUUUGGACUUACACUGAAGGCUCUACCCACUUCUCAGGAUGUAUUCUACGAGUGAUAGGCUCUAGGGAAUGUGUCAACUCAUUCAGUCUAUGUUCAGCGCCAAACACCAGUUGCAAUGUUUAUGAUAUCACUUGAAUAGAAUCAAAAGUAGAAAUGAUAGAGAGUUACUCCUGCAACAAGUCAGGGGCUCAACGAAGGUCACUUCAUUUCCAGAUGGUCCUCAAAGAGUUGUAUUAAAUAUAUAAAUAUGAUCUUUAUAAUAAACUAAACGCUCUUAAAGCUCACACGCACACACACACACAAGAGCAGUAAUAAAGACUAUUAAUUGCA